ACACACACACACACAUCUCCACAUGCUAGGAAACCAUGUAAGAGAAAUGUGCAUUUGUAGAACAUCAUUUUUAUUUUAUUUUUCUUUUAAUCAUAUGAAGGUGCCAUUGAUAAUCGGGGAAGGUCAAAGAAGAGGACCAACCCAGACACUUGGAAGGGUAACAUUGAGAAAAGGAAAAGAAUGAGGGGCCAAUUUUAUCUUGGACGGAAAAAAAAUGAAUUUGUCAUCAAAGAAGAAAGAAAAAUGGGCGGCCGGUGCCAAUCUGUGUCCUGCAAGAAAUCAAGCAAACUACACUGCUCCGAAAUUGAUGAAGGGAAGAGGGAGGAAAUUUUCAAAUAUUUUUGGGGGAAAUUGGAAUGGAAAGAGAGGAGAAUGUAUGUGAAAACAUCGGUGGAGGUGAGUGAUGUCAAGCGGCGCCGAACAGAAGCGGUUCAAUCUCGGAGGUCAGCAUCUCUCUCUUGUUGUUUAUGUGUAGAUGGUAAAAGGCUCAGAGUUUGUCAAAGGAUGUUCCUGUCUACACUUGGCAUCAAGCAGUGGACUUUUUUAAAAUGGGUUGGGCGAAGAGGGGAAAGUCCUGAGAAGAUGACGAGAGUGACUGUAAGGACAGAGGAGCAGGACUUCCUAAAGACCUUCCUUCUGGAUUUGCCAAAAGUUCCAUCGCACUACUGCAGGUCCUCCUCAUCAAAGAUGUACCUGGAGCCUUUCUUCAAGUCCAUCAGUCAUCUCCACACACAGUAUAAGCAAUCAUGUGCAGACCACAGUAUCCAGCCUCUGUCACGGCAAGUAUUCACUAACACCUUCAACGAUUUAAAUCUUUCUCUGUUCCAUCCGAAGAAAGAUCAGUGUGACACUUGCUGUGCCUUCAAAGCCGGGAACAUCGAGGCUGCCGUGUGGGAGGAACACUGUGUUAAAAAGGACGAUGCACGAGCAGAAAAGGUAAAGGACAAACAACUUGCAAACAACACCACCUUGGUUGCAUGCAUGGAUCUGCAGGGCCUUCUCCUGUGCCCAAAGCUUCAAGCGUCUGCCCUGUACUACAAAAUGAAGCUUGGUGUCCAUAAUUUUACCAUCUACAAUAUGGCAUCACAUGAAGCAAAAAAUUACCUUUGGCAUGAGGGUGAAGCUGGGGUCUCUGCCAACGAAUUCGCCUCCUGCAUUGUGGAUUACCUUGAAGCACACCCCACUUACAAUGAAUUCAUCCUUUGGAGUGAUGGGUGUGGCUAUCAAAACAGAAAUCUAGUCCUGAGCAAUGCCCUCUUAAAGUUUGCUACUGAGAAAAAGAAACGUGUGACACAGAAGUACCUUGAAAGAGGUCACACACAAAUGGAAUGUGACUCUGUGCACAGUGUGAUUGAGAGGAAGUUGAGAAACCGUGACAUACAUGUUCCAGCUGAGUAUGCUGCAGUUAUCCGAGGAGCUCGUUCCAGUCCAAAACCAUACGAGGUGAAGUAUGUUGGUUACAGCUUUUUCCAAGACUUCAGCAAAGUCAACAUCUGUAAGUCAAUCCGACCUGGUAGCAAAGUUGGAGAUCCUACGGUGCAUGACCUUCGAGCAGUCAGAUACAAUGUGGAUGGCAGUAUGGAGUUUAAAUUACUACACUCUGACAACUGGCAACCCUUCACAUCCCCAUCCCUGAGGAAGACGUGUGUCAUCGUGGCCCCACUCUAUACAUCCGCCCCAAAAAUUAAAGCCCUGAAGUUCAAGCACCUUCAAGAACUGAAAAAUGUUUUACCCAAGGACUUUCAUCCAUUUUACAAUGCACUUGACCAUGAGUGAUGCAAUUUUACUACGUGGAUGAAUGGGCUGUCCUGACUUACUGGUUAAUUUAUUAAUUAAAUGUUCUAUUUAUUGUGUAUUGUCAUGUAAUUGUUUAUUUGCAUGUUUUAAAAUGACUUUGUCUUAUCUGUUGAAAUUUUUGGAAUUCCUAUCAGCCAAUUCUGAUCAGAAAGACAUGAUUCAAAUCUUGCAUUAAAGGGAUAGUUCACCAUAAAAUGACAAUUCUGUCGUCAUUUACUCACCCUC